GCGAAUGACGUCAUAGGAUUUCUUUCUGCACAGCAAAGAAAAAAAACAAAAAAAAAUAGUAAAUGAUUUGUCGAAAAUCAAAUUAGAAUGAGUGGAUCAGAUAUACGCGACAUUUUGCAACUCGGCAGUCCUACGGAACCCAUUCAAAAACGAUCUAAACCAGUGCCGGAGAAAAGACCAGAUGGCAUUAGUCGAGAAUUGUAUAGUUUGAUUGGAGGCGCGCCACCUGUUGCGUUUGUCAAACCCACUUUUAAAGCUAAAUUCAAGAGUAAAAAGAAGGCUGCGUCAUGGCUCCUGACACCUUUUACAAACCCUGCUCGAGUAGAUGAUCUCGAACUGAAGCAUUGGGUUAAGGCAGACGAAGCAGAUAACCAAGAAUAUGCAUUUUCUAAGUUCAAUAAGGUGAUUGAUGUGAUUGAUUAUUCAGAAGAAGAUUACGAGAAAUAUCUUACAGACACGGAUUGGAGUAAAGAAGAAACGGAUUACUUGUUUGACCUUUGUAGACAGUUUGAUCUUCGAUUUCCAGUGAUUGAAGAUCGAUACAAUUACAAGAAUAAGGGAAGAACGAUGGAAGACUUGAAGGAUCGAUAUUAUUCAGUGUAUCGAAAGUUAAUAUUGCAAGGCAAAGGGAAUGAUUAUAUACCAGAUCGACAAUCGUUAGCGCAACAGUAUAGCUAUGAUAAAAGCAAAGAAGUGGAAAGAAAGAAUGCAUUAAUCAUGUUGUUUAACCGCACGAAAGAACAAGUUGAGGAAGAAGAGGCAUUAUUUGUAGAGGCGAAACGUAUAGAAUUGAAUGAAGCAAAAUUGGUGAAGGAAAGAGAAAGUUUAUUGAAUUCGCUUCAAUUGGAGCAGAUUCAACAGAUUCCAUCUACACCUAAUACACCGCUUUACAACAAUAUCUCACCUGGAGGCUCUCCCGGAGGUAUCGGAAUCACGGGUGGUACAGCGGGUGGAAAUCAUUCCUCUGAAUUAAAGAAGAAGAAAAAAUCAAGUAUGCAUGAAGAUAAUAAAAAGGGACGCAAAUUAUCAAGUGCAUCCACCAAUCUAUUAGAAGUUGAUGAUUAUAAAAAGGAAAAGCUUACACCAGGAGUUUAUAUUCGAAGUCAGAAACUGCCAAUUGUUAAACCUACUAUGCAAGCUAAAGUACUCAAAGUAUUGGAAGAAAUGGGAAUUGGUCCAAGACCAAUCAUGCCUACAGCACAAGUGUGUCAAAAGUUUGAAAAUUUACAAAAUUCCAUUUUGAACAUGUUUGAACUCAAGAAAGUAGUUGAUAAAACAGAAGCUGAACACAAGGUUAAGAUACAAAAAGGGCGCGAUGGCACACCAACAGGCAGGAAACGCUCUUCUAGCAAUGCUGGCUCCAAUAGUGGCAACAGAGAAAAAAGACGCAAGUAACAAGACAAAAAAAAAAAAAAAUUAUUCACAUAAACUUUAAUAAUGUGGGUAAUACAAGAAAAUUUUCGUACUUUAUAAACCCUCACUUUCAUUCUUUUUUUUUUCUUUUUCCUUUUUUCUUGAAAACUUUUUUUUUUUAUUAUUAUUAUUUAUUUUUUUACAUGUCACUAAAAGAACUACCCUUUCCAAAG